AUGGAUGCCUCGGAUCGGAAUAUGUUUAGGAUGUUGAUCCGGGUGUUGACAGAAAGAAUGUUCAAACAUCUUCGGAAAUGGUUUGUCACUCGCUUUUUUGGGCAUUCUCGGCAAAGAGCAAGGCUGGUCUCCAAAGAUGGAAGGUGCAACAUAGAGUUUGGCAAUGUGGAGGCACAGUCAAGGUUUAUAUUCUUUGUGGACAUCUGGACGACUGUGCUUGACCUCAAAUGGAGAUACAAAAUGACCAUCUUCAUCACAGCCUUCUUGGGGAGUUGGUUCCUCUUUGGUCUCCUGUGGUACGCGGUAGCCUACAUUCACAAAGAUCUCCCCGAGUUCCGUCCUUCCAUCAAUCACACCCCUUGUGUGGAGAACAUUAAUGGCUUGACUUCAGCUUUUCUGUUUUCCCUGGAAACGCAAGUGACCAUUGGAUAUGGAUUCAGGUGUGUGACAGAAAAAUGUGGCACUGCCAUUUUUCUGCUUAUCUUCCAGUCUAUACUUGGAGUCAUCAUCAAUUCUUUCAUGUGUGGUGCCAUUUUAGCCAAGAUCUCCAGAUCCAAAAAACGUGCCAAGACCAUUACAUUCAGCAAGAAUGCAGUGAUCAGUAAACGGGGUGGGAAGCUUUGUCUCCUAAUCCGGGUGGCUAAUCUUAGGAAGAGCCUCCUUAUUGGCAGUCACAUAUAUGGAAAGCUUCUGAAGACCACAGUCACUCCUGAAGGAGAGACCAUUAUUUUGGACCAGAUCAAUAUCAACUUUGUAGUUGAUGCAGGGAAUGAAAAUUUAUUCUUCAUUUCCCCACUGACAAUUUACCAUGUCAUUGAUCACAACAGCCCCUUCUUCCACAUGGCAGCAGAAACUCUUCCCCAGCAGGACUUUGAAUUAGUAGUGUUUUUAGACGGCACGGUGGAGUCAACCAGUGCUACCUGCCAAGUCCGGACAUCCUAUGUCCCAGAAGAGGUGCUUUGGGGCUACCGUUUUGCUCCUAUAGUAUCCAAGACCAAGGAAGGGAAAUAUCGAGUGGAUUUCCAUAACUUUAGCAAGACAGUGGAAGUGGAGACCCCUCACUGUGCCAUGUGCCUUUAUAAUGAGAAAGAUGCUACAGCCAGGAUGAAGAGAGGCUAUGACAACCCCAACUUCAUCUUGUCAGAAGUCAAUGAAACAGAUGACACCAAAAUGUAGCAGUGGCUUUUCAACACGAAUAAAGCAAAGUCUUGA